UACAAGCAAAAUCGGGGCGCUGGAUCACGGAUUUGUGUGUUUUUAGGCCUCGUCUAGCGUGUUUUCCUAGGUUUUCUAACCACGUGGUGAUCUAGUAGGCCUGCUAGUGCCGGUGCCUAGUUGAAAAAAAGGCUAAAUAGGCCUAUAGCUUGAAAUUAUCUAGGAUUUUGUGUGUGCAUUUCAAGGUAUUGUGUACUGAGGUGAGGUGAGUUUAGGCUUAUUUAACAAUUUAUAGGCCUUUAUUCUAUUUCUAACUCUACCGUGGGGUUAGAAGCGGUGCUAGAAAUAAUUAGGUGGUAGGAGAGCGAGUGUUAGGCCUAAGACGGCCUUAAAAAAUGUGAAAUAAGCCAGUCCGUCACCUCAUGUUCCGGUUGCUUGGAGAUGACUAAGCGCUAAGUCAUUACUAGGAAAAUCUAGAUACGAGUGAAAAUGAAGGAAAAAAAUCUAGUAUCUUUUUACCUAGAUGAGUAAAUGCGAGUAUCUCCAAGUUGAGAUAGUGAGAGACAGGGUGAGGGAGACACCGAGAGAUCGAGACAUCUCACAGUGAAGUGACUACAACAAAUAUCGUAGAUACGAAUGAACAAUGGAAUAAAUGCGAGUGUCUACCAGAUUAGUGAGAUAAUGAAGAUUAUCUCCCGAGGAGGGAGACACCCAGAGGUAGAUAGUCAACGUGUAGUCAUCUACCCUUCCAGCCAAACCUUCUUUAUACCCUCCCAGACGCACCCGAAACUACACCAACAACUACCUUGCGUAUACACCAAUAGAUACAAAUAUCUAAGAGUAUCUAUAGAUACCCAUGGAGAGAGAAUAAGACAGCGAAGACAUCUUGCUACGAAGACAUCUAGAGAAGUAUCAGAGAGGCGGCCAUCUUGUAGACGCCAUCACAAGUGUAAACAAGUCUGAAGAUAAGAGUGUGUAGGUGGAGAGUCGAGUGAUCGCAAGAUUCUGGCAAAUCGUUCUUCAAAGAAUCGUGACGGCUGCGGGUACCCCAGGGAUGACUAGCCGCGGUGCUGGCAUCUAGCCCAUCGCCAAAGUGAUGUACGACGACAUGACAAGGUUGUGAAGCUCAGUGCUAGUUCUUUUAAGACUUGUUAUAUACCUGUGAGAGCCAGGGAGACCCCUGUAUCCCUGACUUAAGUGUAAGGUUUUGGGAUACCUGUACAGGACUGGAGGGUAUCUUUAGUUUGAUAAUGUAAGAUGGAUAACUGGUGUCUAAGAAGUGUACUAUUUUGGAUAAUGUUGAAUGAUUUUUUAUAUAAGUGGGAUUACGUUAAGGAUGAUACAUGUCCUGUACAUAUCCUCGUCUUAAAUCCCAGAAGUUAAGUUUAUUUUAUUCUUACUUUACCUCAUCGGAAGGACUGUUUUAUGUGCCAGAAGAACAUUAGUUUGGACCUGAUAAACUGCCAGAUAUUUAAAGUGCAGUGGCGGGUGUUUACGGUAAUUGGGUGAGGCCGUGUGUCAGUGCCAUCUGUUGAGCGUUCUCAGAGUUGAAUAAGAUGAACAUGGUAUCAUAUUGCUGUGAGAAAUUGCAGUGAACGCCUUCAUACUAAAAGUCAUCCUCUAUAAGGUUUUCCGAGGGCGAAUUAAUACUGUUAGUUAUUUUUGGUACCAUAUUGCUGUGAGAAAUCACAAAAGUCAUACUCCAUGACAUUUCAACAGUGAAUUAUAGUCCAAAAAGUUAUUUUUUUUUUUAUAUUUUGCUGUGAGAUGUUGCAGUGAUCAUCUUCAUUCCAAAAGUCAUCCUCUAUAAUGUUUUGUGUUGGUUAAUUAAUACCGUUAAAGUUAAUUUUGGCAACAUGUUGCUGUGAGAAAUCACAGUGAUCACCUUCAUACCAAAAGUCAUCCCCCUGUAACAUUUCCCGAUAGCAAAUAAAACCCAGAAGAGUCAGUUUAUUUUUAUACCAGUUUGCAAUAUUUUGGCACCAGCACCGACAUUACUCCAUGACAGACCUGCCACAGAGGGGCUAGCAACGGAGGACGCCAGUGCAGCGGAAGUGCUGGAAUUCUGCGGAGGUGCAGGAAUUGCACUGGAGGUGCUGGAGUUGCGCUGGAGGUCCUGGAGUUGUGUUGGAGGUGUCGCAGUUACAUUAGAGCUCCUGGAGUUGCGCUGGAAGUGCCGGAGCUGUGCCGGAGGUGCCGGCAUUGCUGACGGAGGGAGCGGAGGUCGUCAGAGUGAUGGAGGACGUGAUUCCUGUAGAGGAGCUCAUCAUUAAGGAGGAACUGGAUGAUGAUAUUAAGGUCAGAGGAGCAGCAGAAGUUGAUGGCAGUGUCAGAGUGGAUGAGAGGCAGCGGCAGAAGCAGCCACUUGUGGCUGAGACCGGCGGUGGCGGCCAGGAAGUUGAGGCAGAGGAACGAGCCAUCAGGGGGAAAGAGGAGCCGGUCAUGUAUGCAUGUACACUGUGUGUGAAGCAGUACAGGACAUGUACGGCACUGCGGUCGCACCUCAGUCGUCUUCACCGCGUGGCUUCAGCUCCAGGGCUGCGGUGCCGGCUCUGUGGUGCUGUUGGUCAGUCCAAGGCCACACUCCGGCGCCACAUGCGGCGCUCACACAGCUUGGCACCUACACGCCAGGAAGAGCUGCUCAGGAAGUGUAGUGAGUGUGGUGAGGGAGUGCCAUCACUAUCAUCACUAUACAGUCACCUGAGGUCAUCACAUAGUGAUGUCCUCCAUCACUACCAUCACUGUCACCUUUGUCCAGCACUAGUCCGCAGUCGUCCCUCCCUAAUCCGCCACUGCAGUCGGGCUCACCCAGGCGCCAAGGUGCCGGCACUGACCAAUCAGGAGUGUCCAGAGUGUGGUGUCGGGUGCCGGUCUGUCACAGCAUUGAGGCGACACCUGAGGACCACCCAUCCAUCCGUACUCUUGCAUAAGUGCCAGCACUGUAAGGCUGCCUUCAAGUACUCCUACUUGCUGAAUCGACACACUAAGGUGGUGCACCUGGGUAAGGAGACAACAGUACACCGUCACAACUACAAAUGCGAUGACUGUGGACGACUGUACCUUAGGAAGGCCAGACUGGCGUCCCAUAUCAUGAAGGUACACUCAUACCCCAGCCAGCAACGGUACCACUGUACGUCAUGUAACCUCGACUUUCCUAACAAUAAGGACAAGAUGCGACACUACCGUACCGUGCACCGGGUACGUGCACACCAGUGCCACGAGUGCUCUAAGUGCUUUGACACGGCCCAGGAGCUGAAGGAGCACCGCCAGGAGCACCGUGUCCGGUGCACCGUCUGUAACAAGACCUUCCUGCGCCGUGACAGUCUGCGUGAACACCUGCUGAUCCAUGAUGGUCCCAGACUGCCUUGUCCAUUCUGUCCGAAGACUUUCGUCCAGAACUCCAACCUGAAGCGACACAUUAGAACGCACACAGGCGAGAAGCCAUACCAGUGCACCUUCUGCAGCAAGCGCUUUGGUGACAAGUCUGCUUGCAACAGCCACAUCCGGGUGCACACUGGUGCUGAGCGCUGCCGGUGCCACCUGUGUGGCACCAGCUUCUCCAAGCGCCAGAAGCUCAACUACCACAUGCGCAAGCACACUGGUGAUGGAUUGUUGUACUGUCCUCUCUGCACCCGGCCCUCGACCGACUCCUACUCCCUCAAGAAGCAUGUGGAGUCGCACCGCCAGGCGCUGGUUGAGGUACUGCUUGGCCUGGGGUUGGCAUGCCCAGACGAGUGCCGCCGGGUGGCAGUCGAGGCACUGCAUGACCUGGCAGCUGUGGUGGCUGGUCGUCAAGGCCCAAGGAAGCCAUGGCAACCCAACCAAGUCGAGCGAGGUCACCCAGUUAAUGACACGGCAGUGGUUUGCAAGAUCGAGGACCUUGACAGUGAUUUUGAAGUGGAAAUUGACCGCCCUUCAAACAGCCUUGAUUAUUUUGAGAAAUUUGAAAAUGGAGAUGGCCGGCCUUUAAAAUCAAACAACGAUUUUGAGAAAUUUGAAAAUGGAGAUGGCCAGUUUUCAAAAUCAAACAAUGUCAAUGAUUUUGAGAAAUUUAGAGAUAGCUGGCCUUCAAAAUCAAAUUUCUGCAAUCAAAUUGGUAAAUUUCCUGAUUUGAGAGGCAGUGGGAAGCCCUAUGGCCUCCGUAGUGCUGGCAGAACACGUUCUUCACAUGAUGGAAGCGACGAUGCCCUUGGAUCAUCUGCUGAAGUGAGCAGCAAGUUGUUGGAUGGAGUGAAAACUCAGUUUGCCGGCAUGAAUAUGCCAAGCAGCGAUUUCCAGUGGAAAAGACUCAAUCAUGUCACUGGAAAUAGAGCAGCUAGUGGUGACCUUCAUCAAUUCCAGCAUAAAGCAGGUUUGAAGGGACGGAUGGAUAUGGCAGAUGAUGAAUUGAGGGUCAGUCCAUCCACUGGGGUGACGCCAGCGGCCGUGCUGACCCGGUUGAUUGAGGACAUUGUGGACACCCACUGCCGUGCGGCGGAGAUUGAUGUCAAGCCAACAUUGGCCGACCAGCUAGUCGAGCAGUGUCUCCAGGUCAUCAUGAGCGAUAACCCACCUGCUGAUGACCCUGCCAUUCGCCGCUUGUCUGCUGACCAAGGGAUGGAAGCCUCCGGCGGACACCCUGGUGCUACCAUCGCCAACAACAUGGAAACCAAUGGAAUGCUGCCGUUCAACUCUGAAGUCAAUUCCUCUGAUGUGGAUCCAACAGAUGCCAGUGGAACAACUGACAGAUGCCAUCCGGCGACCAAACGAGUGUCCCACAUGUGGCGCCGGUGCCGGCCAUUGCCGCUUCCACCAUCAACCACCAACAGCUAACUCACCUGAUGCUAAAAUCCAUCAAUUUCAACCCCCCACCAGUCGAUGCGAGCGAGUCUGCCAUACCCAUGGGGAACUCUGGCCCUUAUGGGUCAAGUGUUCGUCCCACAACCAUAAAAAUAAUUUUCCACUUACAUUUCAAA